AUGGCAACCACGGUAAUACAACACAAUGAUCCGCAAGCAGUCGUCAGUCGGCUCUCGCCUUAUCUUUCGAGGUCAGAGGACGAUGAACGACCAGUCGUGUUAAUGACAUGUGGGAUAGCCGGAGCUGGAAAGACAACGCUUUCAAAAGAAGUGUUGAGGACUCAUCCGAAUUUUCAGCGGCUCUCCAUCGACGAGAUCAUUGCCUCUCGACAUGGCAUCUACAACAUCGACUAUGACCCAAGUCAACACGAGGCGUAUUCAGAAGAAGCCGUUGAUGAGUUCCAGGUGACACUCCAACGCCUUCUCGCUGGUCGUCAGGUCGACAUCGUGCUCGACCGUGCAUUCUACGCAAAGGAAGACCGCGACGACUUCAAAGCCCUUAUCGAAAAGUCUAAUGCGAGAUGGGUCUUGGUUCACCUCAAAGUGGACGAAUCGAUACUUUGGAGGAGGAUUGGUGAGCGAAGAAAGAAAGGGGUAGACGCCAAUUGUGCUCUCGAGAUUUCUGAAGAUCUCUUCAGAAUGUACGUCGAUGGUUUUGAGCAUCCUUGCGGUGAAGGGGAGAUUGUUGUCGAAUACACAGAAUAA